AUGCGGUUCACCACAGCUGUCAUUUCUACUGUUGCGGCUCUGGCUCCUCUUGCUAGCGCCGUCGGUAACGCAAAGGUUGUGAACAAGUGUGGUUUCCCCGUCUACCUCUGGUCUGUUGGCGGCUCUGUCAGCCAAGAGUAUACUGUCGCCUCUGGCGGCACCUAUUCCGAGGUCUUGCACCAUGACCCUGCGUCCGGUGGCAUCGCCAUCAAGCUUACCACUGUCGAGAACGGCUUGUACAAUGGAAGCCCCCAAACCAACUUUGCCUACACGCUCGACGGCCAGCAAGUCUGGUACGAUCUGUCCGACGUUUUCGGCGAUCCCUUCUCCAACCACGCAAUCGGUGUCAAGUCAUCGGCGAGCUGCCCAAGCAUCUGCUGGCCAUCGGGUGUUGCUACUAGUGGUGGCAGCCAAGUCAAAGUUUGUGAUGCCAACUCCGAUGUCACACUGACUCUGUGCUCGGGAACUUGCUAG